AUGGAGGAAGUAGGGGAGCUUCCAAAUGAGGGACAUAUUGAAAAGACGGAUAUCUCCACAGCCAGUGGAUCGGGUACAACUUCAAUAGAAAAAGUUGAAAUAGACGGAUAUGUUAUCAGAUACAAAGAGUCAGCACCUAUCACUUGGACACCAUUUAGCAGCAAGUCAUGGCGGACUCGAUUGGAACGGGUAAAGAGAAAUUUUGCCAGGACCGAAUCCGCCACUGACGAGCCAUCGAGCUCAGGGCUUCUACGGAGGUAUAAUUACUCAUAUCCAUGCCGAGUUCGAUAUCCUAGUCCUGAAAUCAUUCCCAAAAUUGAACCUCAGGAUUUGUUGGAAGUCGCUGGAAGUACAGCUCAGACGUUCAAAGAUGUCAACGCGGCAAUGAAGAAGCGUGAAGAGGCUAAAAGUGCGCCUAAAAAAGGAAAAAAGUCUUCAUCUGUGGAAGAACCUCCGAUCGCAGCUGUAAAACAAAGUUCCGCCAAGAAAAGAGGUAGAGAACGUGAGGAGAAAUCACAGUCCAAGGAAAGCUCACGGAAAAGUAGCCGAGAGCCGCCCAAGUCAGCGAAGAAAGCCGCAAAAGAAAGGGAAAAGACAAAGUCUCCGGACAAAAAGAAAAGAUCAUCGUCUGUAAAUAUCAAAGGAUGGUCGGAGGAAGAGAUUUUCAAAUAUUUCAACCUGAAAGAGUUUACCAUUGACAUAUCAGAUUUCCCUCAUCAUGAACUACGACCAUCUACGAGUUCUCAAGCAGUUGAAGAGUCCCCAAAGGAAAGCCAUGACGAACCUAUGAAAGAAGAAAAUCAAGCAGAGUUAACGAAGGAGAAAGAAAAGGUGAACAUGGACACUGAAGAGCAUAAGAGCAGGAAACGGAAGCGUUCAGUUUCGUCGUCUUCAUCAUGCUCAUGCGCCUCAUCUGCUGGAGGAGAGAAGAACAAGAACUCGUCAGAUUCGGAAAAUGAGCGCAAUGUACAGGCGAAGAGCACAGCGAAGAAGAAGCCGCAUAGCGAGAGACCAUGCGUUGAAUGCGGAAGGUGGUUGGAUGAUUGCGUUCUGGAAUGGAAAGAUACACUUGGACCGUCGUCCGUAUGGUGCUCUCGCGACUGCAUCGAGCGGAGAGUGGCUAGAGCUCAUGAGGUCUUACCAGAGGGCUAUGGGGCUCUAACUUUGCUACGCGGUGAUGGUCAACUACUAACGACUGGACCAACCUUAGUCAACCUUGCAGAGUUUAUUUACAAGUAUCCCGAAUACGAGCCUGUCCUACCCGUGGCAAAGAAGAAGCAGCCAAUGAAAAAUGAGCAAGGCGCUGAUCCGAAGAAAGCAGCCCCUAAACUGUUGUCUAAAGAUUCCGAUCGAAUCCGCUUCAAUGUCAAGAGGGCGGCUAAAAUGGAUAAAGUAAAGUCGGCUAUCAAAUUGUGCAAAGAUGCAGCGGAGAACAUUGAAGCAGCUCUGUUCAAGUCGUGCCAAUCCAACUUGAAUUCACCUCGUUACAAAGCAUGGACGAAGACUUUCAUAGAGAAUGUGGCAGACUGCCGAAACAAGAGCUUCUACUACCGAGUUCUUACGGGAACGAUAUCUGUGCAGAAGCUUGUCACAUUGGAAGGUGCGGAUAUGCGGAAGCCGGAGUAUUCAGCUCCACUCGAUGGUGCGGACGACGAAGACGUGAAACUGGUAGAAGGUGGUGACGUUGACACGUCGUCGGCAGCUGAGCCAAAUGAUGCUGGAAAAUCCGGUGAGGCAGGGGAACCAAUCGAGAGCCUGAAGAAAAACGAUGACGAGAGCAGCACUGGCGCGACUGCGUCUGUUUCUGAGGCGACUAUCGCCACUCGAAGUGCGUCAAGGAAAGAUUCUGCUGCUCCCAAGUCAUCAAAGAGACCAGAAGUGAAGCCAGCGAAACGCCCCUCGCGGAAAUCCGAGCCCUCGAAAACUACUACUGCCUCAGCGAGUAUGUCUACACUGGAUUCUCUGCUUGGUGAUGGCGCAAAAGAUACCACUGAGCAACAUUUGAGCCACUUCUACGAUGUCAACUGUAGCAUAUGCUUGGCGAAACAGAAAUCACAAGCCGAACAGGAACGAAAAGAAAGGGAAGAGAAAGAGAAGCAACGGUUAGAGGAGAAGAGAUUCAGAGAGAUGCUUCCUGUGGAAAAGUGUCUCGCGUUCACAAGGCAUGAGCCGCUCACUCUUCUUGAUUCUGACUACAGAAGUUCAAUUAAGAAUCAGUCAUAUGAGGAGGUUAAACGAAUACAAAGUCCGGAGAGCACUGGCGCAGCUUGUGCAUCGGAUGAGGAAUAUGCUGGUUCUUAUUGUGCUGGCCCCAUUGAAGACUCACCGAUUUUCCGAGAAUCUUACGAUGUCGAUGAUGUUGAACCC